CUCGGAGUGGAAAUAGCCUUUGUGCGCGCGUUGAGUGCGCAUUAUAAGUCUCUGCGAGGGUUGCAUCACAACACGUGAAGUUGGGAUAUUCGCGUCUAUCCUCUAUUUUUUGUUAAAUUGAACGGUAUAACGCGUAAAAAUUAAAAUGUUAACCGCUGCAAAGUUGUUAACUCGAGGAUGUAGUAAUGUCACUUGCGAUAUCGCUAGGAAACAACAGUUUAGCACAAUUCUUAAAAAUGUGGCAGCUCCUGCAUACAUUGUGCCACAACAAAGUACAAAUUUACAUCAGUACCGAUACAAAUCUGAAGGAGUGAAAGGUGCGGUUAUUGGUAUUGAUCUUGGAACUACAUUUUCAUGUGUAGCCGUUAUGGAAGGAAAACAAGCUAAAGUGAUAGAAAAUGCUGAGGGUUCACGAACGACUCCAUCUUAUGUAGCUUUUACUAAAGAUGGCGAACGUUUGGUUGGUAUGCCAGCUAAACGUCAAGCAGUUACAAAUUCAGCAAAUACAUUUUAUGCUACAAAACGAUUGAUUGGACGAAAGUUUGAUGAUCCUGAAGUGAAAAAAGAUAUGAAAACUGUAACUUAUAAAAUUGUUCGAGCUUCUAAUGGAGAUGCAUGGGUGCAAGGGGGAGAUGGUAAACUGUACUCUCCUAGUCAAAUUGGUGCAUUUGUACUCAUGAAAAUGAAGGAAACAGCUGAAGCAUAUUUAAAUACCUCAGUGAAAAAUGCUGUAAUCACUGUUCCUGCAUAUUUUAAUGAUUCACAAAGACAAGCAACAAAAGAUGCUGGACAGAUUGCUGGUCUUAAUGUACUUCGAGUAAUUAAUGAACCAACAGCAGCUGCUCUUGCAUAUGGCAUGGAUAAAACAGAAGACAAAAUCAUUGCAGUAUAUGAUUUAGGAGGUGGUACAUUUGAUAUUUCAAUUUUGGAAAUUCAGAAAGGAGUUUUUGAAGUAAAAUCCACAAAUGGAGAUACUUUCUUGGGAGGAGAGGACUUCGAUAAUGCUUUAGUUAAUUACCUUGCAACAGAAUUUAAAAAAGAUCAAGGUUUAGAUGUAGCUAAAGAUGCUAUGGCUAUGCAACGAUUGAAAGAAGCAGCUGAAAAAGCAAAAAUAGAAUUGUCUAGUUCACUUCAAACAGAUAUAAAUCUGCCGUAUCUGACUAUGGAUUCUAGUGGACCAAAGCAUUUGAAUCUUAAGCUUUCUAGAAGUAAAUUUGAAAGUCUAGUUGGCGAUUUAAUUAAACGUACUGUUCAACCAUGUCAGAAAGCUCUUUCUGAUGCUGAAGUGUCAAAAUCUGACAUUGGAGAAGUAUUGUUAGUUGGUGGUAUGACGAGAGUACCGAAAGUUCAACAAACGGUACAAGAAAUUUUUGGUCGACAACCAUCCAAAGCUGUGAAUCCUGAUGAAGCUGUAGCUGUUGGUGCUGCAGUUCAAGGAGGAGUACUUGCCGGAGAUGUAACUGAUGUUCUUCUUUUGGAUGUUACACCCCUCUCGCUGGGUAUUGAAACGUUGGGUGGAGUAUUCACAAGGUUGAUUUCUCGAAAUACAACUAUUCCUACAAAAAAGAGUCAAGUAUUCUCUACGGCAGCUGAUGGGCAAACUCAAGUAGAAAUUAAAGUUCAUCAGGGUGAACGAGAAAUGGCUAACGAUAAUAAACUUUUGGGACAAUUUACUCUUGUUGGCAUUCCACCUGCACCAAGAGGAGUGCCACAAAUAGAAGUUACAUUUGAUAUUGAUGCCAAUGGCAUUGUUCACGUGUCUGCUAGAGAUAAAGGCACUGGAAAAGAACAGCAAAUUGUUAUUCAGUCAAGUGGUGGUCUUAGUAAAGACGAAAUUGAAAACAUGGUUAAAAAUGCUGAACAGUAUGCUAAGCAAGAUAAGAUUAAGAAAGAAAGAGUUGAGGCUGUAAAUCAAGCAGAAGGAAUUAUUCAUGAUACAGAAACUAAAUUAGAAGAAUAUAAACAACAAGUACCUCAAGAAGAAUGCGACAAAUUGAGAGAAUUAAUUGCUAAAAUGCGAGAGACAUUAGGUAAGAAAGAUGAUGUAGACCCGGAGGAAAUUAAAAAGGAAACGAAUGAAUUGCAACAAGCAAGCCUUAAAUUAUUUGAAAUGGCAUAUAAAAAGAUGGCUGCGGAACGGGAAAGUCAAAAUCAAAGUCAAAGUCAAAGUCAACAAGAAGAUGGGGCUGAAAAGAAAGAAGAAAAGAAUUAAUUACGUCUAAGAUUAUACAUUCAGGCAAAACAAAUUUAUUGCACAGAUGUAGGAACA